AAAAAUGAUAGUAUUAUAAUUAAUUCAAGUUCAAAUGCAUGAAUUUGUAUUUAUGAACUUUGGUUUUUCUGCAUUUCAAACUGUCAAGAGAGCAUGCCAUACAAAUACAGACGAAGAAAAUCCGAGACUUUUCGAGCACAAUAUAUCAAUUCAAAGAGAACUGAGGAUCUGUGUUGGGACAUGGAAUGUUGCAGGAAAACUCCCACCUGAAGAUUUGGACAUUGAAGAAUGGUUGGACAUGGAUGAACCAGCAGAUAUUUAUGUGCUUGGUCUUCAGGAGAUUGUACCAUUGAAUGCCGGAAACAUAUUCGGAGCUGAAGAUAAUCGGCCGGUUUCAAGAUGGGAGCGCAUUAUCCGCGAAACACUGAACAAGAUCACACCGGUUAAGCCGAAGUAUAAGUGUUACAGCGAUCCUCCAUCUCCGUCGAGAUUCAAGCCAUCGGAUGAUUCUGUGAUUGCUGCUGUGGAGCUGUUGCCUGAAACUGAUACUGACAGUGAUGAAGAAAAUGUUCAUCCCUUGGAUGACGAUGAUGUCGGAGUACAACAGGAACUAAAUGAACAAAAAAGACCAUCUCUGAUGAAGAGAUUAGAUCGGUGUCAUCGGCUUAGCUCAAUUGAAGAUGAAUUCACUGCUUCAGAGAAGAAGUUAACAAAAACUGUCAGCAGCUUAGAGAAGGUUGGAUUAGUUUGGCCAGAACCGCCAUUGGACUUGCUAUCACACUGCUCAUCAUUAAGCUCUAAAAAGUCAUUCAAAUCAGUGAAGUCGUUCAGAUCACAAUCUUCUAUCAAGUUUGCGAUUCAGGACAACAUUGAUCCAUCGGAGAUGAGCUUGUUCGCCGAGCUUAACCUUGAUGAUAUGAUACGCAGGAAAAAGCGGUCUCCUUUUGUAAGGAUUAUAAGCAAGCAAAUGAUCGGCAUUUUCAUAUCCAUAUGGGUUCGCCGGAGCCUGCGAGAACACAUACAAAACUUGAAAGUAUCAACAGUUGGUGUUGGUGCAAUGGGGUACAUUGGCAACAAGGGAGCAAUAUCAGUGAGCAUGUCUAUAUAUCAAACACUUUUUUGCUUUAUUUGUAGCCACUUGACAUCUGGGGAGAAAGAAGGGGAUGAACAUAAAAGGAAUGCUGACGUCCAUGAGAUUCACAAGAGAACACAAUUCAACAGAGUUUCUGAUAUUGGAUUACCGAAAACAAUCCAUGAUCAUGAAAGAAUUAUCUGGCUUGGAGACUUGAAUUACCGAAUAAAUUUACCGUAUGAGAAAACACAUGAACUCAUUGCGAAAAGGGAGUGGUUUAAGUUGGCUGAAAAGGAUCAAUUAAAGAAAGAGCUCAAGAAAGGGCGUGCUUUCGAUGGGUGGUCGGAAGGUGUGAUCGAUUUCCCACCUACUUACAAAUUUGAAAUGAAUUCAGGGAAAUACGUUCGGGACGAACAAAAGGCUGGAAGGAGAACUCCUGCAUGGUGUGAUCGAAUUUUGACAUAUGGGAAGGGUAUGAAGCUAAUGGAUUACAAGAGAAGUGAACUGAAGUUUUCCGAUCACCGUCCUGUGACUGCUGUUCUUAUGGCAGAGGUUGAGGUCUUCAGUCACAGAAAACUUCAAAGAGCUCUUACUCUCACUGACAAAGAGAUUGAAGACGGAGAUAUUUUAGCGGAUCUAGAUAUCCAUGCUCAAAUGGGUCAUAUAAUGCUGUAAAAAGUUCGGAGUGCAGAAAAAUCUAAAACCAUGGAUACUUGUACAACAAUACUAAUGAUUUAGCAGUUAGUUAGCAUGUAAGUUUCCAUCCAUACUGAUUUUAAAAGCCCAUUUUGAUUGGACUACCGACCUCUAUUUUCAUUUCAUGGAAAAAAUGGUUGUCUAUUCACAUUGAAGU